GCAGAAACAUCACCUAAUUGGUCACGAAAGAAAAGCCCACACUGGAGAGGAACCAUUUCCUUGUUCACAGUGCGAUAAAAGAUUUUACCUGAAAACUGCACUGAAAAGACACAUGAUCACACAUAUGGAGGUGACACCAUUCCACUGUCUUGUAUGUGGGAAGUCAUUUAAAGCAAAAUACAACCUUGAAGUACACUCAAAAAUCCAUACCAGGCUCAAAAAAUUCCAGUGCAGUGAGUGUAACAAAAGCUUCGUAAGGAAACACGAAUAUAUUGCACACAUGAGGAUCCAUUCAACUGAGAAGCCAUUUGCUGGCACUGAAUGUGGGGAACUCUUUGAUGGGGAACCGUGUUCAGAAUCUGAAAAGACAUUCAUUUCUGGAGACGUUAUACUUCCCACUGAGGGGGAUAAUGACAGCGAAAGCCAGUUUGCAUGUGAUGUGUGCGGCCGACUGUUUAACAACAAGGGUAACCUGAAGGUCCAUUUAUUUAUACACACAGGGGACAAGCCAUUUGUUUGCAAGGAAUGUGGGAGCAGAUUUAGGCGGAAAUGCCACCUCAUCAUGCAUGAAAAGAGAAUCCAUACCAAAGAGAGACCAUUUCCCUGUCCACAAUGUGGUAAAAGAUUUAUCAUUAAGACUUCAUUGAAAAAACAUAUGUUAACUCAUGCAAAUAUACAACAGGAGGAAAGGCAUUUUGAUUGCCAUGUGUGCGGAAAGUCAUUUUGUUUGAAAAUACACCUGGAACAACAUCUGACUACCCACAAUAUUGUCAAGCCUUUCCAGUGCAGUGAAUGUGGUAAAAGGUUUACGAAUAAACAUGGCUUACUUGCACACGUGAGGAUCCAUGCAACUGAGAAGCCAGUUGUUUGCAGCGAAUGUGGGAAACGUUUUGUUGGGGAACCAGAACUAAAGAAACACAUGAAGACUCAUGAGGAAAAGUUGUUUAUCUGUGAGGUAUGUGGCAAAAGGUUUCGAUUGGAAUCUGUUCUCACUAAACACAGGAGAAUUCAUACGGGUGAAAAGCCGUUCACUUGCAAUGAAUGUGGAAAGACAUUUCGAUUUCAUGGGGGCCUUUACCAGCAUAUGCAAACCCACAGUGGAGAGAAGCCAUUUGCUUGCAAUGAAUGUGGGAAAAGCUUUACUAUCAAAAGAAGUCUGACUAAACAUAUAAGAACCCAUACUGGAGACAGACCAUAUGUUUGUGCAGUCUGUGGGAAAAGAUAUAUUCAGAAGGUCAGCCUUAGACAUCAUAUCAGGACACAUACAGGAGAGAAGCCCUUUGCUUGUAGCAUUUGUGGGAAGGGAUUUAACAUUAAAUUUGAAAUGACUAGACAUGAGAAAGCGCAUUCAAUGAAGCCACAUGUUUGUCAGGAAUGUGGAGAAAGCUUUAAGAAGAGAGUUACCCUCAAGAAACACUUGAGAACCCAUAAAGGAGGAAAUUCACAUCAUGUCGUUGUAGACAAUGUUGGACAAGAUGUUGCAUGAAUGGUGGCCUUCUCUGGAGGAAUAUGUUUUUACUCCUACAAAAAUGCAAACCUUUGUUUACAUUAGGAUUAACUUGCAAAUGUGAGCCGGAACAGCCGUUAAAAAACUGAUUGACAAGGUAGUUCGCUAUUGACAGGUAAGGGAACCUCACCCACCUGUCAGCCUGCACUCCACUUUUGCUUUUAGAUGCAGAUGUCUUUUCUUUGGUUCUUUGCACCUACUUUUGCUAUUAUAUUAAGUUUGUGCUCUGUGUUUUUGAGUAUUUUUUCUUUCUUUUUUGUGUUUAUGAGAUUUAUAGUGACUGAUACGAGAUGCAUCUAACCCAUAAAUCAUUGUAUCUAUCUACAACCUCUAAACUGAGGAAACUACUUUCUGGGAGUGCCCAUCAGAACAAUGAGUAAAGUUUGUAGCUGAGAAAAGAAGGCUAGGAAGUUCACACCACUGCCAUCAGAAGGGAACACUACACCAGUGACGCUGAAGAAGGUCUUCAACACUGACGUCCACUCGCUCUUUCAACUCCUAAGGAAGGCCCUUUGUUGUCUUGCAAACCAAUCACUUGUGGAGAGUCAGCAAAAGGGAGAGGGUGUUCACUCUGGUAUGUCGUUUGAGGAUUUGUUUCACUUGGAGGUAGAGUCUUCUGUUGGCAGAGUCUCUUUCCCCGGGCAGAAGGAAGACCUCUCUACUAACCCAACUAUUCUUGCAGCUUUGGAAGAGACCAGGUGGCUCAGGGGGUUAUGGCCAUCCCUGGGGAUCUCGGGGGAGCCCAGUGUUAAGGCUUGAUUCAAUCACUUCUCUGCUGCUGCGGUGACACCUGUAACUAUAGAUAUGGUGGCUAUGAUGACUUCAACAGUCACCUUAUCUAUUGGUUCCUUCACCACACCAACAUACAUAGUAACUCCUCAUACCCCCUGUGAUGUGUCCUGAGGAGUUUAGGGUGGUUCUCCGUCAAUUCUUGACUAUAUCUUUGACCUCAGCAAACCUGGGUAAGAAAAAGAUGAAGAAACACAAGAGGAAUUUGUCUGAUUUGUUUUUGUCAGGUUGCUCCCACCUCCUCCUCUUUGACUUUGACUGCUCGCAAACUGAAGAAAAAUAAAGCACUCCAACAACAGAGAUGCUUCUGUUCUUGGGCACAUCUGAUGGGUGGCGACACAAACCCGUAGGAGUUAUUGGUGUUAAGUUUAUGGAACCACGAUGAUUAGUACCUUACCAUCAAUGUCUGGGCAUUGAAAGCAGCAUUCCUAGCAUUGCAGGAGUUCCAGGACCCUGUGGUGAGACAAUCUGUGGUGUGGAUGAGCAACAACACCACAGUAGUGACAUUCAUCAACAAGCAGGGAGGGCUAGUAUUGCUUCUGUUGCACCAGCUGACGAUGCAGGCGUACAAGUUGAGUGGCAGAGCUGUCAGCCAGGUACAUUUAGGUUCUCACAAUGUAAAGGUAGAUAAGCUUAGCCACAAGACAAAGGUGAUAGGGACUGAGUGGUUUUCACACCUGUGCAGUGGGGAAAUUGUUCAAGAUGUGGGGGUUGCCAUCUGGCACAACAGGAAUACGUAUGCCAGUAUUUUCCUUGAUGAGUAGCCUUGGAAGAAGCAUUUCAGCACAAACGGGACACUCUGAACUGUAUGCUUAUCCACCUCUUUGCCUUAUUCUGAAAGUCAUCAACUUAGUGCUGAUAACUCCAAAACUUAGGCUAACACUUUGUUACACUGGAAGCGCCUCAAGCCGAGUGGUAUCUGGACCUGCCGGCUCUCCUUUCCAAGGUCCCAAGAGAGCUGCCCCUAUGGCACAACCUGUUAAGCCUGCCAUAGAGGUAUUAUCAGGCCGUGGAGUUGCUGGCCAUUCAUUCCUGGCAACUAUCCAGCUUCUCUUUAAAGCCAGAGGUGCGCCUCAGCGGCGUGGUUGGUAUGGUAUUAGUGUCCCACCUCGGUGGUCGCGGGUUCGAUUCUCGGCCAUUCCAUUGAGGAGUGAGAGAUGUGUAUUUCUGGUGAUAGAAGUUCACUCUCGACAUGGUUCGGAAGUCAACUAAAGCCAUUGGUCCCGUUGCUGAAUAACCACUGGUUCCAUGCAACGUAAAAGCACCAUACAAACAAACAAGCCAGAGGUUUUUCAUGCCACACUAUGAAUCUGGAUAUGUACUUGCAUAAAUCCUCAGCAGCUUUUUACCAGAGGAAAUAGGAAGACGUCUGUGUUAGGUGUCUUUGGUGGAGACUCUCUCCCAUUAGGUAGCAGACUUCCUUUCCCAUGAGAAGCUCCUCUAUGUCUUUGCCAUUAAAGGCUACAGGUUUGCAUCUGGCCGAGUAUUGAGACUAAAAGUAGAUCUCCUUUCAUGGGAAAUCGUCAUGCUCCUGAAGAGUUUCAAACAAUCUUGUCCUCCCAGGGAUCUCAGUGGGCAUGAUUCUCAUUCUGAAGAGCCUCACUUGUCAUCUGUACAAGCCUCUCAGAGUUGUCUGACAGGGAUCUGACCCUUAAGAUCGUUUUACUCCUUGCCCUGGCAUUAGCAAAGAGGGUAGGUGACUUUCAUGGCCUUUCCUUCUGAGUAAAGAACGAAGAUUUGUAUUUGUGUAGGAACAAGUAGCAGAUUUUUAAAGUAUGUAAUUUGUAUAUUUCCUAACAUACACGCCUGAAGUUCCUUAUAUUACAACCCAUCUAAGCUACCCUUCACUUUAGCACCUGGGCUGUACGGCAAAGUGGAGUGCAUACCAACGGGUGGGCAGGGCUUCCCCCUUGCCUGUUGAUAGCUAACUACAUUGUCUGAAAGUUAAAGGGCUGUUCCAACUUGCAUGUGCAAGUUUAUCCUAAUGUACAGAACUUGAGGUUUGUAGGUUAGGAAAAAUACAAAUUAAUUUUUAAAACUUGCUAUAUUUAUUUGGAAAGUUUGAAAAAACAUGUUGAGGAGAGUACGUACUACUCAUUUUACGUUGAGAAAUCAUACCUAGAAAUACAAAUUGUGUUUGCCAAAUAUGUGAGGUAUGUUAAUGUAGGAAAAAUGGCUUGUUUUUCCUCAGACUGUGAAAUUGUUGACCCUAACAACCUCAAGAGAGGCUGUUAAGGGGAAGAACAAUUGCAAUGUCAAGAUAUUGCAUGCCAUAAUGGCAUGUGCAGCUCAUUACCUUUGUCUUGCCCAAUCUUACUAAAACCA